AUGAAUAAGAACUCUGGUUUUUCAACACAGCCCAAUAUACGGCCCCCUGUUCGAGGAGUGCUACCAGUAAAAAUGGUCUCAUUGGACCCUAAGACUUUAAAAGAGAAGGAUAGCAGAGAGGUCCUGAACACUCUGAACGAAGGAAUGGGUAGGCUGAAGUACCUCCUACAAUCGGCCGAGAAGCAGCACAACAGCGAUGAAUUUAUCUAUGAUUUAACUUGUACUUUAGCGAGGGCCUGCGAAGCGCCAUCAGGGGAGAACACGAACAAGAUUCUAGCUGCGCUUAAAGGCUGUGAUUUCUUAACUUCAAAGAUUCCUAGUUUUCUUGAUCGUGUCGACGCAUCAGAGAUCUGGGAUGACCAAGUUUCUCUGCAAAGACUCAUCGAAUGUCUUAUUGUUAUUUUCGUGAAGUACCUGACAAUCUUGCCUCGUUCAUAUGCCGACCCGCCCUAUGAUAAGCUGAAAUUAGCCUUGAGUAAGUCAAGCAUUAAGACAAAGAAUGAUUUACAGAAAAAGUUAGAAGCAUUUAAAGAAUUCAGAGAUGGCAUCAUCAAGAGUGAAAGAGAAAAGCAAGGAAAACGUUACAGGGUUGGAGAUAAACCACCAAACGAUUUCAGAGAUUUGCCAAUAUAUCCCAUGAGUGAGGAAAUCACGACUCGAGAACGACCUUUCUUACGGACGAAUAUUUCAAAGGGAAGGUACGACAAUGUCCAACACUACCUAGAUGUGCAGUUUCGGCUUCUGAGAGAGGACUUUCUCGAGCCGCUAAGGGAAGGUAUUGGUGAAGUCAUUCUAAAUGUGCCACCAGAACAGCGCAAGCAAUCAAUGAAAAACUACCGCAGCGUACGAAUCAUCGGCAAGGAACUCGCGACGGACAGCGGUAUCACUUACCAAGUCGAAAUCGAUGUUUCCGGAUUGAAUACGAGCAGGUGGCCAGCUUCUUAA